AUGUUGGAAUUUGAUGAAAAUGAACUUCCAACAACGAGUAGACAAGCAACAAUAAAUUCUAAUAGAUCAAUACAUAAAUUCUCUGCAAAUAUUAAUAGAGGAAGAAGGAAUGAUGGAGGGGGAAUUGCAGAAAAUAAUACUCAAAGCUUUUACUGGCUGGCAGUAAUUUCAUUUCUUUUUUGUGUUUCUGUUCUUUUAACUCCAAGAUGGAUAGAUCCAGAACAACAACAGCAAUAUACUUUUAUUCCGAAUUGGCUACGGCCAUCAGUAACCGGUCAAUGUGUUGCUAGUUAUGUUUUGGGGGUAAGGAAUUUUGGUACUUUAUGGAUAUGUCACCCCCCCCUCCUAUUUUGA